AGAAAGGCUCAUACCUAGAUCGGGCGCAUUACUCAAAGCUUUGAGAAAUGUGCUCGACGCAGACGAGAGAGCCUCGAAAGAGGCCGAUCAUCAUUUCUCAACGUCCCGUCAUCAAGUUGUUAUUGUUGCUCGCAUUUUGGGCCUGUUCUGCUAGCCAUGUCUAUGCAGCCCAUUUCCAGAUUGGAAAGAGUUAUCAGUACUCUAUUUCCACUCAAGUGGAAUCCAUAUCUGAUAUGAGCAAGACGAUAUUGAAUUCGGGUCCAGAACUAUCAGUUAAACCGGCACAUAAGAAUGGCAAUGCCGAAAUGAAGCUUGAUGCCAAAUUCACAAUCAAACCUUAUGAUACUGACGAAGCCAACCGCACCCUAUGCCAAUUCGUCUUCAUUGGCCAUCCCCGCAUAAUCGUAACUGCUCCACUGCCAGAGGGAGGUAUCAAGCGCUCAGAAACACCGACGGAUUAUGAUUUCAAUUUGCACUGGUUUGGAUUUGCCGUGUCCGAUUCAGGCAUCGUGGAGGAAGUUUUCAGUGACCCGGAUGAGUUACGCGGGGUCUUAAACAUCAAAAAGGCGUAAGUGCAUACAAGUGCCUACAAAGUUCAGUUUGGAAAUCUAUCGAAGCGCGACUUCAAUUUCGUAUUUCAAAUAGCAUCGCAAACCUAUUUUCAGCUAAAUUAUACGAUGAAGAGAAGAAAUUAAGAUCUGCCGACUUCAACACUACAGAGACAGACAUGAGCGGGCGUCAUGAUGCUGCGUACUCUGUUGGCACCAGCACAGCCACCAGCAACCUAAGGUUCACCAAGCGGAUGUUAACGCGGCGAGACGAGGCCGAUGACGCAGAGACAGCAGAGCAAGAUCGCUUUACGCAUGAUCACGAAAAAAUCAUAGAGAAGCAUCCAGAGACGCAUGAGAUUCACAGCGUUGUCAUUACAGACCAUGUCUCGUCCGAAGGAAGCGCUGGUGUGCGAGGCAACUUUGGAGGUGUCGAGAAACGCAGCACUGAAGAUGCGCAUCUAUUGAUGAGUGCUACCGGCUCUACUGCACUCAAACUCUUACAUACAAGGUCCACUAAGGAUGCACAUACUAUCGCGACGCCAGCAAACAUUGUCAGGAUAUCCUUGUCCACCGAAAUUGCCGCCAAAACCGUGCCUCUCGAAACCGUUAUGAACAUCGUGGCUGAGAGCAUGGAGUGCUAUGACUCUUCUGUUCUACACAGUCGUAAACACCAUACACGCGGCGAAAAAGCGCAAUGCUUUGCACGAGCACGUAAAGCACUGCUAAGCCUCGAUCAGAAUCAAGCUGCCAUUGCUGUUCAGAAGCUUUUGUCCCAGUAUGUCCACACUGAUGUCGCAUAUGUUGCUGUGGAUCUUGCAGCGGAAGUAUGUACAGCCUUCACCAAUGUUGGCGAGACAAUUCUUGCAGAGACUUUUGGGGCUCGGUCUCGUCGUGACGUUCCUGAAGAGACGCUGGCGACUGCGCUCCAAGGGAUUUCCCGCUGCGCCAAGCCUACCAAGGUAGUUGCAGAGAUAGUUGAAGAGCUUACAAAGUAUUCAACAUUCAACGGAAGCUAUCAAGAGGAAACUGAAAAUGUUCAGCAACACGCUGCUCUAGCGCUUGGACUGAUGGCGCAGAAAAGCUUUGAGAAGAAUGAUACCGCUCUAGGAGAACAAUUGGUUUCAACCCUCCAUGAAAUGGUCGCGGAAGUCGAUCAUAGUCAAUAUCAUGUACUAAACUCGGACCGGGCAAAGUCAAAGAGAGAUUUUGACGACGAAGUUAUCGACGUUAGCCAUGCUGCUGCUUACCACGGCACUCUUCUCCUAGCGUUGGGAAAUGCCGCACACAAUAAAUCUAUCCCAGUGCUCCUUUCCCAUCUGAAGCGAAGCGAAGUAACUUCGAAUCAUUUCCCAGAAAUUGUGCGAGCGAGUGCAAUAAGGUCGCUCGGAUCUUAUCAUGGAUCGGAUAUCGAAGAUAUUCUCAUACUUGCCGCGACGGAAGGAGAUGACGGUGUGCGUUCCGCUGCACAUGCAGCAUAUAAGAAGCACAAGCGUAGCAUAUCGUUUGAAGAAGUCAUUGAAGGCGCGGAAGAACUGAAGCAUAUUCUUCAAAGUGACGAAGAUAGGUUUGAAAGAGUCAUGAAUGGAACUACCGACAUGGGCCUGUCUCGCCGCGCUUUACGAGCCAGAGGGUUGGUUUCCAUGUCACUCACCUCUACGUCUAUCGAGUUAAACAUGGAAACCCCAAAGUACUUUUGGGAACAGAGAUAUGGACCCAGCGUGGUUGGAGUUCGAGCCUUGGUCAAUUUCAAAAACAAAAUCAAUCUCUUUCUAUCCGUUCUGCGAACUCAAUUGACGAUAGACAUUAACAAUAGCGCACAGGCGUUUCUUUAUUUUGAUAUCGGUGGAUAUACCGAAGCUACUAUUUUUGAUGCUCAACUAAAAUUAUAUGCAAAAGUCGGGUAUGAUCUCGAUAUGAUCAAGAAUUUUAAGUUAUCCGAUCUAGCGAACAUCAAAUCUGCGUUUCUCAGAGGUAUUGACAAGGUCACCAGUCCUUUCACAAAGACUUAUCAAGAUGCCCUCAACGCAUUCGAUGUUCUGGUGUCCAAAUUUACGGCCAUGGAACAUUUGAUUGCGAAUUUCCCGUCGCAGGGUGCCUUUGGCCUAGCCGAUUUCUCUUUUGGGUUGAAUAACGUCACGGUACCCAGCGAUCCUGCGGAUGAAUCUGAUAUGCUCAACAUUAUAAACUUUUUUGGGUAUUUGGAAGCUCAAGUGAAAGCUUCUGCUAAGCAGCUGAAUUCCAAGGUAGUUGAUGGGAUUGACGAUGUCUUGGCGAAUGUGGCACAAGGAUUUGGCGAUGUUUCUGCGGGUGUUGACAAUGUGCUGAAUUGUCCCGCGCAAGCUGACAACACGAUCGUCCACGGAAUUGAGGGCAUCCAGUCCGGUUUAGGGCAGGUCGAAAAGGUGCUCGAGACACUCAAAUCGCUCCUUUCCGUCGAAGCUUUGGAGGGAAUGCUGCCUGACGUUGAACACGAGUUCCUGGAUCAGCUUCUAGCGCUCGCUGCGUCGAAGCCCAUAUUACUCGACUUUGUCCAACCCAGCGUGCAAUUAUAUAACACGACAAGCGAAAGCAUUCAAGCUGCUCAAAGGAAUAUUGCUGAGGCGUAUCGGAACUUCAAGCUUACUAUGGGAAAGCUCAGUGCUACACACAAUGAACUCAAGAAGUACCUCGGUAGCGUGUUCGGACCCAAAUUUGACCAACCGUUCCCUAAUCGAGUCGCCGCGGAUAAUAACGGUGCACCGAUGGCGUUUCCCAGCGCCAUGUUGGAUAAAAAGUACAACGGCAGUUUCCUAGAUGUGGAGGGAAGAGAAGAGAUCGUGGCUCCGCUUGACGGGACACUCAGCAGGGCUGAUGAUGGGGCGCUUAUUCUUUCUGUAACUGACGGCAGUCUAAGCAACUACAAUAUUAUAAUCAAUCGGGUGACUCCUUUAGUCGACCUCAACGUAGUCGUUGGUAAAACAAAGGUCAAAAGAGGAGAUUCCAUUGCGGCACCUAAAGGUUCCGAGAUCCACCUGAGUAUUCAGGAUAAGAGAGAUCCUAACGUAUGGCUAGAUCCCGGAAAAUAUCUGCCCCGUCGGAUUCCCACCAUUCUGUCCGGGUUCAAUCCGAACCCCAACUAUUAUUUGUUAACGAUUCUCGGGCGCAGCUAUGUCCCUCAGACCCCCAUCAUAGGCAAGCAAGCUCUGAACCAACAGGAUCUAGCGGAUGCUCUCGAUGCUAAAAAGGAGGCAGACAAGAGUGGUAAAUCUAAAACAAAGCCUAAAAAGAGCUCAAAAGCACGAAGAGCCCUGGAAUUCGAUGAACCUGAUUCCCACGCAGUUUCCCUUGCACGAAGAGCGUCCUUCAGCGGGUUUCCGGUGAACGUUCCGAACGUAUGUAUCGACGAUGAAUUCGAGAACGCUCAGGAGCUCUGCGCAGGUGGUAUGCUCCCGGAAUUCAGGAAGAGCAUCAAUAUUUUCCACGCGGAGAAAACAAUUCUUGUUGGAGGCAUGGUACCCGUGACGUUUGAAUUGGACUUUGACGCUAUUCUGGGGAUACAAGCGGGAAUGCGCGUCUGUCUGAUGGGAAUGACGUUAGAACCCACCGUUAUUCCAGCUUUCGCGAUUUCGGUAUCCGGUAGUCUUUCGCUUGACAUCUUUAUCGCGAGCGUUGGAUUGCAGGUUACUGGGAUUGUUGCAGACACGCAUGUGCCGAUAACAGUCCACUUUCCGCUGUCAAACUUCCCAAUUGGAACUUGUAUCGAUAUUAAUGUGGAGAUUGUUCCACUUGCCAUCGAGAUUGCUAUCAUAGUAACCAUAGACUUCUUCUUUUUCGACAUUACCUGGAGGGUCACCAUCGUCAGAUUCGCGCUAUCUACGAUCAAGAUUCGUGUGCUGGAUACCUGUCCUGCACCUGGAGCUCUCACAAUAUCAGAUGCGAGCGGAACGUUGGCUGACAGAACCCCACCAAUUAUCGACCAAUUAUUAGCGCAACAGGUAGUUGGUCUGACCCCGGUGAACCCGUUAUUGUUUACUCGCUUUGCUGCACACGAUGGAGAGUCAGGAAUUGCCGAAAUUAGCGUGGGCGUGGGGUGGGGACCAGGAGAUACAAGCAUCAUUCCACGCUCAACAGUCCCUAGAGACCAAGGGGAGAGUUUAACAUUCCCCGGUCCUACCGAUAAAGAGUGGUUUGAUGAGAUUGACUUGUAUGUCACUAUCACCGCCAAAAAUCAGCAAGGACUAGAAACCACAGCAUCGACCAAAGUUUUAUGGGAUCUAUCGCCCCCAAUUAUCAAUAUCUGGGAAACUGACCUGACGCAGCCGUCUGAGUUCGAAUUCUCCAUCGGAGAAAAUGAAACUUGGGUAGUUCAACGCAAAAAUCUACGAGCCUUCACAACCGAGGUUGAUCUUCAGCGGAAUGGUACCGCACUGCAGCCAUUGGUCGAUAAAUUGUCGUUUGCCUACAGCAUCAAAGAUGCCACUCCUCUCAGAGAAAUUUUAUGUGCGGUAGGCACAAGCAAGCAGGAAGGUGCCCUCAAUGAUACGGUUCCGUGGAUGAAGUUAGAUGCAAAUGCUACAAUGGGGAGACUCACAUUUCCCGGCUUGACACUUGAGCAUGGAAAAACAUAUUACCUGGCUAUUCAGGCGACAAAUACACUGGGAUACGUCUCGUCAGUUCAAUCAAAAGGCACCAUGGUGGAUGUGACUCCUCCAGACCUAGGGAGCCUUUAUUUCGGACAGAAGUUUCGGCGUGACUGGGAAGCAACAAACGCACAAUCGUCAGUCUUCUUCAAUUUCAAUGGAUUUAUUGACAAUGAAACGGAUAUUGCGGCUUGGAAUUUCGCAAUUGGGCCAAAUGACAUAGAUGCGGAUCUGAUACCAGUUGAUGUCGAUUCCUGGAUGCCUUACAAUGGGUGGACCAACUUUAUUGUACCGGGUCCCGGAGGAGCCGAUAUCGCCAUGUCCCUGAGCGGAUAUGAGCUACCAGAGGGUAAUCACACAAUUUGCAUUCAAGCAACAAACUGGGUUGGUUUGAAAACCCUUCGCUGCAGAAACGGAUACGUUGUUGACGCGACGCCUCCAACCGGUGGCAUCAGCAUCGCUCCCAGCACCGAACCUGGCUCACUUGGAGACAUUGUAUUAUCAUUUAAUUACUCUGAUAAUUUGUCCGGCGUGAAGUAUAUCAACGUUGGACUGGGUGAUGGAUACACUCCGAGAUAUACUGGUUACAUAACACUUGAUCCCAGUGCGACCCCGGGCAUUCAGAACUACACAAUUACAGUUGAUGAAAAGUUGAACGGGAAAUUGCUUUAUGGACAACUUCAAAUUGCCGACAAUGCUGGCAAUUUCUUUGCUUUGUCAACCGAGCGUCCUAUUGCAGUUGAUUUCUACCCCCCAACCCCAGGAACUGUUUUUGAUGGGGCUACUCUUUGGACGCAGGAUGAUUACAUUGACAGCAACCAGACACUCUGUUGCUCAUGGACAAGCUUUGUGUCUGCCGUGAGUGGAAUCGGGCGUAUUGACGUGUCCUUUGGAACUCUACCAGAGCAAACAGACAUUAUGGAUUGGACGGAGGUUGGAAGAUGGGAUUCGCAAGCCUGUCUUCCUGUAACGAAGGUUACUGUUCCGCAAGAUUCGAUCGUAUUUGCUAACGUACGAGCGUGGAAUGAUAAUGGACCUGAUUCGAAGUACUCCGUUGCCAGUUCGCGUGGAACAAUCAUCGAUAUCACUGGUCCAACACCCUUUGAAGCAAAGAUACUUACGGGCGGAAACGGCAUUUUCCAAAAUCAGCGGUUAUUUGUCACCUUGAACUGGACCUCUAGUUCAGAUGACGAAUCUGGCUUAUUAAAGUAUACAAUCCAGCUAUUGGAUAGCAACACAGGAGCUAUCCUCUAUCCCGAAACUAUCGUGGACUAUGCCCUACCGACUCGAACCAACGCGGUUCUGUACGGUGCACCAAUAUCCCAGGGGCAAACGUUUUACGCAGUGGUUACUGCAUACAAUGCUGCGGGAACUCGCAAUACUGCUGUUGCAACAACAGGAAAUGUCACCGUCGAUGAGACACCACCGUUGUUGAAGUUCCUCAAUUAUCGAGGAAAUAGCGUCUAUGGGACAACGACGUACAUUCAAACACCAGCGACUUUUACCAUUGAUUGGGAAUGGGACGAGCCCGAAUCAGGUCUCGCAAGUAAUGCACUUGCUUGCUGGAUAUUGGAUCCGGACUUGGUUGCCGUGCCGGGAGCUACGGCUAAUAUUACAAGUUCAGGAUGUACCAUCACUGCCAACCCACCAUUGAAAGAGUUCAACAGCUACACCGUCUUCGUUAGCGCUGUUAACCGAGCUGGUCUUUCGACCAGAGUCGGGUUUGAAAUUACAAUUGCAACAUUACCACCGGUACUUCUCGCAAGUGGUGUGGGGUCUGUUGCUUUGGGAACACCUUCGCUGCGUUUCUCAACCAAUAACGACGCAUUGCGAGGCUGGUUCUCUUAUCAGAAAACCAUUGUCCCUAUCACAAAUAUCUUCGUUUCGUUCAGUGAUGAGACCGGCUCCACCAAUUACACAAAUGGAUUCAUAGCUGUUGAGCCCUCCAGUACAUUCAUAGCUUAUCCAAUGGAUCUGGCAGCAAACCAGACAUAUUGCAUGACUGUAUACGCACGAAAUGUUGCUGGUUUAGAAUCUGUCUUGCAUGAAUCUGGGUGUGUGAAGAUUGUCCCCGGCGCAAAACCGGGAACCGUCUGGGAUGGGUUUAUGCCAAACGUCGAAACAAGGAUCCAAAUUGAGCGUGAUUUAGUAACGGCUACCUUCAAUGGGUUCAAGCAUUUUUUUGCCGGAGCAUUGUACACGUGGAGUAUGGGAACGACGCCCAACUCCACCGACGUUGUUCAGGAAACAUCUGCGUACCUUGUAUAUCCUUCCAAGAACUCUUCCGGGUUCAUCAAUUAUCCAUCGAGCGCACUGCAGCCAAAUGUGACCUACUUUAUUACGGUUUACGGAACAUUUGGCACGACGGGCCCUGACACCUUUACUGAAAAAGUGAGCUCAACUUCAGCUGGGUUCAGGGUCGCGUAUGAGGCUCCUUUUGAGCCCACUCUCCAGCUGGCCGAUGGCUCAAGCUACGUAUCAAAUGCGAGUGUAAACCAAAUUAAGGUUACGUGCGCAGCAAGCACAGGCUUGGGAAGCGAAGGAUUCGACUCACUUCAAGUGUCCAUUGGGAGAUUUGACACAGACGACGUUUUUCCACUCACGGUAUCGCAGUUUCCAGCAACUGAGCAAUAUUCAGUUGCCUUCCUAGCAAAUAUUAGUAGUAUACCAUACGGAACAGCAAGUUUUGCCAAAUGCAGCGCUGUAGACAGUAUCACAGGCACGUCCUCAACAGUUUACAGCAACCAUCUAGUUGUGGACGCCACCCCACCGGUUGCGCCCACCGACUUCGGGUGCUCCUCAGCUAUUGUUACUCCGCGACUGCCUUUCAGCUGCUCUUGGAGUGCUUUCGUAGACCCGGAAAGUGCUGUUGCUAAUGUCACAGUGUCUCUGGGCACAACAACUGGCGGGGUUGAAAUUCUUACUCCUAAGACCGUCGUUGGAAACUCUUACGUAUUUGAUCCUGCAUUUGUUUACCUAGAAACGCCAUCCUCGCAGUAUUUCGUGACUGUUACUGGUACAAACAGCGUGGGAAUGUCUUCAUCGGCCUACACCGUUCUCUCGAUUGAUAGGACACCACCAGAUACCAAGUACGACAAGAUUCUUUUUCUUUCGGAGGUCGAAGGGAUAAACUUUACAUCAUCAGCAUCGGCGCUACCCCGAAACGUCAUUGAUUGUCAUCGAGGAACGAACAAUAUCGUUGCGUCGUGGGACGGUGCCUUUACUGAUGCCGAGAGCGGCAUUGCGCGCUAUAGGGUUGCCGUGAAAGAGUACCAAGGUCAGGCAUUCUUGCUUAAGUGGAAGGACGUUGGAACUGCUACAACGGCAACCCUACAAUUAGAUGUUGCUCCCAGACCAGGAAGUCAAAUAGUGAUCGUGGUACGGGCUGUCAAUGGAGCGGGACUUUCUGCUCAGGCCACGUCGUCACCUCUGGGGGUAGUGGACAAUGGUCCAAUGCCCGUAUCGGUGUACUCCACAAGUGCUAGCAGUGGAUUCCAAAAAGACAGAAACGUCCUGUCUGCGGCAUGGAAGUUCACUCAUCCGUGCCCCAUCGCGGAGUAUCAAUGGUGGAUCAAAGAUAAUCUUACGAACGCAGUUGUAUGGCCAGUCACCUCCACUACGGAGACGGAAAUCGUAGCAGCAAACCUCGGACUCGUCCCAAUGAGAAGCUACGUUGUCAUAGUCAAGGCUUUCAAUAGCUUCGGAAUGUCGAACGCGGUACCGGCUGUAAGCGAUGCAGUCACGAUUGUCCAUUCACCUGCUAAAGCUGGGAAAGUCUGGGAUGGCCCGCUGCCAGGGAUUCAGCAGUCUUUCCAGAACGAUCCCCAUACGGUGUCCGCUUCUUGGGAGGACUUCUCCUCGGAUACCUGUUUUGUGGUGAAUUAUAGAUAUGCGGUUGGAACAGAUUAUUUAAUAAGCGACGGGGCUGCAAACAUUUUGAUCUGGACGGAUGCAGGCCUCACACGAAACUUUACUGCGUGGAUUUCUACCGAAUUGAAGCCAUACACAACAUAUUAUGUGACUGUACAGGCGACUUCUUGCACUGGUGACAUUGUUACUGGUGUUUCUCCUGGUUUUGUUAUUGGACUGAGAGAUCCUCCAACCGUCGGAGAGGUGUGGAUUGACAAUGGCUUGGGCAUAACCACUGCCACAUCUCAAGUAUCCACAGACACAGUGAAUAUUCAAUGGCGGGGUAUCACAUCGGUCUGGUCACCACUCGCCAUCGAUGUCGCACUAUCAAGCUCCGCGGAUUCAUCCAACAGCCAGAGUUACAUUGUGAAUUUCACUCAUGUGGACCCUAAUGCUGUGAUGUUUAACUUCACGGGAUUGUCUUUGAACGUCACGGAAAUCGGAGGCAAUCGAAGCGAAUAUUACGCUUUUGUUCGUGCGACAGAUCUGAACGCUCAGGGCACUAUUACUAAAAGUCUAGGAUUUAUUGUUAAUAACACACAGCCGGCGCCCUUAGUAAUUGCGUUUUCCGGGCAAGCUGAGAAUGCGACAGAGAGCUGGCAGGCGGCUUCUGGAAGUAUGACGAUAAACUUGGGGGAUUUUGGAGGCGAUAUUCAAGACAUACAGUACGCCGUGAUGCUGGAACCACCAGCUGAAAACAGCACCGGACAGUUGAGACGACGUGAUUCGGCAGAGGAUCCCGUCUCUAUGGCAUUGGACAAUCCUGAUCUCCUCACCGUCCCGUUCUCCUCUGUUGGAAGUGAUCUCAACACCACUAGUUCAAUUGAUAUUGCCGCUCCACUAACAGAAAGUGGUACGCAUCGAAUUCUCAUCAAAGCUGUGAACAAUGCAGGUCUCACUUCGUAUUCAGCGAGUGUUCCGCUGCACGUGGAUGUGACACCACCCAUUCUUGGAACUGUAAAACAAGGGUAUGACCCAUCCGUAAAUAUGGCCUAUACUGCCAGCAACAACUCUGUGGCCCUCACUUGGGCGGAAUCCGUUGGUGAAAGUCCAUGUCAACCUAAUGUUGACACUUUUACAUCGGGAGCGUCUGCUCGUUGGAGUAUCUCGUCAAGUCUGACGACCGAUUUUGGAUUGGAUGAUGCGAGAAUUGUGUUUUCCCCAAGCUGUGCAACCUUUGCUUCAAAUCGCCUUACGCUAGUCGCAGCAACCGACUCGGCUGAUGAACAUCUCACGCGUGGAUGUGAAGUAGUUUCCAACGUUUCGAUUUCCGGUGGAAGCUUUUCCUUCCGCUUCAAAGCGAGUCCAACCUACGGGGCUGCUAGCAGCAUCAUAUUGACAGAUAGUAAUAUUCCUGUCGUGGAGCGAAGCUUUGAAACUCAAAGCAAUUAUUACUUCAACAACAGCUGGCCAUAUAAUGCCAUUGGAAUCCAAAUUCUGGCUUUGGAUAAGCCAUCAGUGUACAUGUGGGCAGCAAAACCGGGCGAUAAAUCUUUACGAGGGGCGGAGGUGGACUUCUCUCAGGACCCGACUUCAGUUUAUCUCACCUACAGUGUGACUGUUCGCGAAGGAACAACCCAGGUAACGGUCACCGACGACGCAGGAUUGGUCGUAGGCUCCUCCCAGCUUCCUGGCCUGUUCGUUGGAACGGCAGGGAUUCAAGGUCUUCCGAAACUGGCUCCGUUGUUCCGGUUAUGGGCGGUCCGUAAAUUGGCAUCUACAGCAUCGAUGGUGUUUUCCAGCACCACCUUCCCUGGGCCACCGAAUGCCAGCUAUGGAUGCAACCAUGGCGAUCCCUUCCUAGAUCCUGAUUCUGGAAUUGAUUAUUACGAAAUUGGAAUCUCAACGGUUAUUGAGAAGUACGAUGUCCUCAACUUAACUCGUAUUAAUGUGGAGAAUUGGACGCAAACUUGCAACGACGCCACGUCGGACGUACCCUGCGUUCCUUCUCAAUGGUCACAGCCACUUACGUCCACAGACUCUGAGUUAAUCCGACUUGGAAGGCUCACAAACAUUACAUUGGAGUCAUACAUAUAUUCGCGAAAUUGGUGUGAUUUAUCCGCCGAGCAAGGUGGUUGCUCACCUUUAGCGAGUUGUACCAAGCGGGAAGAUGUCAACUUUCCAGUAUCAAAUCAGACUCUUGCUGUAGCAAAUAGGUAUAACUUACAGUACAUCUGCACAUGUCAGCCUGGCUAUGGAGGCAGUGGAUACCAGUUCGACUGUGAAGAUAUUGAUGAAUGUGGUAUUGCUGCUUCCUACAAUGUGUCUAUGUGUGCCACAGGUGCUACUUGUAGAAACAUUCCGGGAUCCUAUCUCUGUGAAUGCCCACCUGGGUAUACCGGCAAUCCUUAUUCUGCUACCGGAGAGCUCGAGCAAAGCGGCUGUAUUGAUAUCGAUGAGUGUGCCUCAAAUCCAUGUGGUUUGGCGGGCCGUUGCGAGAAUGUUCCAGGAAGCUAUAGAUGUAACUGCAACCCAGGGUUUACCGCUAUGGAUCAAUGGACUUGCGUAAAUGUAAACGAGUGCAUGACUUCCAACAAUUGCCAUAGUAAUGCCACGUGCGUGGAUACUUACGGAGGCCAUGAAUGUCGUUGUCCACCAGGAACCGUUGGUACCGGCAUCGGUACUGAUGGGUGUGUACUGCCUGACCCCAAAACUGGGUGUGCUGGAGCAGCUGUCCUUACUUCAUCAGCCCCACUGAACGCAUCGAUAUCCUCAAAAGAUAUUGACGAAGACCCACGAACUACUCGCAUGGUGAACACUCCUCGUCUCGCCCGCUGGUACAAGAUAACGGCGACGGGCGAACCAUUUGUUUUAUCAAGUUCGGCAUCGCAACCGUCUCGAAUGUGGCUAGUUGCCUUCCCCUCGUGUACAGCGAGCCCCGUUGCGAUUGCUAAGUGUAUGCCGGCACAGUCUCUGCAGUGCGCCAUCUCUAUCCCAUCUCUGAAAGGAGAGGUUUAUAUCGCGGUUUUGUCGGCAAAGGCAGUGACUGUUCAACUCAGCGUAUCUGGACUUACCGGCUUUACCUGCUCAAUAGCGUGUCAAAAUGGGGGUGUGUGUAUCGGGCCCAAUAUGUGUUCCUGCCCACCGAACUGGAGUGGGCCGACCUGUGCGACCGCUGUACGACAAAUGCUGCCGCGCCAGACUAUUAACUUAAAUGAGACCUGCUUGGGCCCAUUUACGGUCAAUGGAACAACCUAUUCGUCAUGCGCUCCUGGCGUUAAGCCUGAUGUAGCUCCAUCUGCUCCAGGGUACAGUUUCCAAGGAUGCUGGUCGUUCGGGGACCUUUCGCAAGUCCUUCAUAUUGCGCUAGCUACGAAUAAUUACACAACAAUCCUUUCGCAAGCGACGUUAGCUUUCCCGCAAACCAAAUCUUACCGGGAUAUUUCUCUGGACGUGUGCGCAUCCCGAUGUGCCGAGAUCAAUCUACCCUUCUUCGUUUAUACGUCUGCAACAACAACCGCACCUGCUGGGUGCGUUUGCAUGCCCACGCUAAUGAGCAACAGUCGGUUGGCGUCAGGAUCCCUCUGCUUUACUCGUGACAAAAUUACUAAAGCCCCGAUCUACGGGCUUGAUGCACUUGGAGCUGCUACCUUCCGGGCAGAGUUGCCUAUUCCAUGGUGUCCGCUGGUAUCAAACAGCAGCGUUCCUAGUCAGUUAUCCAGAACAGAUUAUUGUGCGCCUCGCAAAACUGUCACCGGCGAAACAUGUGUGUUUCCAUUCUACUAUCAAGGAAAACUCUACACGGAGUGCACAUACGCAGACGACAUCAGGCCAUGGUGUUACACAAACGCUUUGUUCUCGAAGAGAGGGUAUUGUGUUGGAAUCGACUGGUGUUCUGGACCUACUGGUCCUAACCCGGCUAAUGGAAAAUGCGUAUCGAGUUUAACGUCUCCAACAGAGUCGUACACCACUGUCUGCAACGAUGGAUUCCGGCGUAGUGGUUUGGAAUGUGUAGACAUUGAUGAAUGCGCUGAGGGUAUCAACAGCUGUGAUUUCAGAACCACUACAUGUGUAAACGACAUCGGCAGUUACCAUUGCGUCUGCAAUGAUGGCUAUGUACCAAGUAGCAGUAAUAUGACUUGCAUAAAACCAGCGAACGCGACUGUCCCAACCGCAGCUACCCCGGGAUCUAUUGCUCCAGCUCCUCUCACGACGCCGGCAUCGUAUUACAUUGCUUUACGAGCCGUAAAUCGGGCCGGCUUAGGUUCGGUACUUUGGACUCGUGGUUUAACGAUCGAUCAGACGCCGCCGGUUCUUGGGAACCUCACGUUCAUGCGAGCUGGACAACCUGUUGGAGCAACCAGCGAUGGGCACCUUACUCUUACGUGGGAGGCCAUGGAUGAUGGAUCCGACAUCGCGUAUUACGAGUGGGCGCUCGGGACGGCCGUAAAUCGUAGUGAUUUGCUGGGUUGGAGUUUUACGCAAGACAGCCAGGUCACAGCGAGUCUCGUCAAUGUAUCGGGUCUGUUGGAGAUCUACCUCACUGUCAGGGCAGUGAAUAACGCGCUACUCUCAACGAUCGACGUUACUAGUAUACUUGUUGAUACCAGUCCGCCAAAUGCAGCUGGUGCUCAGGUUUCCCUCGCGAAUUAUGGUCGUGUGGUGCAAUGGAGUGGUUUUGUGCCAGGACGAUCACGUAUUUAUCAGUACGAGCUGGCAAUUGGAUCAGUGCAGGGAGCAAUUGAUAUUAUGCCAUAUAAGUCAGUAUCAAAUGGCAGUAUCCUCUCCACAACAAUUCCAGCCGACAGGAUGACAGUUCCGGUUCCCGUUUGGGUCACUGUUAAAGGAACCAACGACGCAUGGCUAAGUGCAACCGUAUCUAUUCCCACCCCACGGGUCGUGGUUGGCUAUGACGCUUAUGUUUUAACGCGAACUGCUGGCUCUACUACCGUUACCGUGGACGGAUUUGACGAGUCCACCACCACUCUCCAAGUGGUGGCAACAAAUAUACCCACCAAUCUAGGUAUUACUGUCCUACCAGUCUCGACAUAUACGUACAGUGUCGUUGGUAAUGACAGCACGACGGUCAUAUCCCCUCCUGCAACCCUCGUUCUGGCACUUGGGUGGAAAUACGCGAGGUACUUGGAUACCAGCGCCCUCUUUAUGGCUCUGACCCCGUCUGCGGACGUGGCGACGUUGUUCGGCUCCUCUGUGGUCACUGCAACGUUGCUUCCCGAUCAGGACCUCGUUGCUGCGGUUGUCACCCCUUAUAUUUUUGCACGUUUUAAAGGUUCCGCACAGUGGACUAUCGUACCAACUACAUAUGACGCUGCACUCCAUACAAUCGAUUUCGAUGUUGCGAAACCUGGGCAGUAUGCGCUGUACAACAACUGGGUAUCACCCGCAUUCUUGGAUCUUGAUCAAAAUGGCCGCGCAGACGUACUCGGAUAUAAGACGAACACCACCGACCAGUUAACAACUUAUUCAAGUUGGUCGUCUACCUUUAGUACCAGUAAUACGUGGUUAACUAUAGCUGCUUCCAAAACUAUCUCAUCAGUCGGGGACUACAACCAAGAUGGUACUUUCGACUACAUUACAAAGGAUUCGGUUGGAGCGUACGCCAUUGUAUAUCGCCCUGGCCUCCAAUUGCAAACUUUAAAGGGUCCAGACCAAAGCAUUUGCCCUGAUCGAGCCUUGGUCGGAUUUGCGGACCUAGAUGGUAAUGAUAUUUUAGAUACCUUUUGGGCAACCAAGGCUGGCGGACCCAUUGAUGGAGGCUCUUCAAUCACCGUUUGCGUUAUGGCCGACAAUGACUACGACCAAUCUUGCCAAGCAAACACUUUCUCUGCUUCGGGAACCCCAGUUGGAUUGGGAGUAUGGGAUUCAUUAGGUGUACUUGGCUUUGCUUGCACCGCCAACAUUUGCCGAUUCAGCAUUCAGGGGCUUGCGGUGCCGAACAGGGCAUCCCUUUUUGUUCCAGAGCAAGCUUUGACUUCCAUUUCAUCGUCAGUGACACUGCUAGAGCUAUCACUCGAAAUCCAUGCGGGGCAAACAUGGAGAGCAUCAGUACAAGGAGAUGUGGAUGGUGAUGGAUACACGGAUUUGCUUUUGCAGUGUAAAAGCACCCUUACUCAGGCAGGAUGUGGGCCGGCAAUGAAUUUGCGGGAGGCUCUCACGAUCGUGUAUAUACGACAGAACGGCCAGGUGACAACCGCUAUGGUUACGAAUACUGGAAUGGACUUGGCAAUGUCUACUUUGAUAGUUUGAAUGUAAAAUAAAGAACAACAGAGAAUAUUGGCCGGAAAUACAUAAUUGAUGUAAUUUCAG